AGACUUACCCACACACUAUUGCACCAAAUACGUAAAACGGUAUUCAUAAAAUAACAUAGCCACAUAUGGGUUCAAAAGCAUCCGUUCUUCUUCAAGAUGAAGAAUUAAUUGACAUAGAAAACAAAACAGGAUUUAGCGGAAAUCAAAUUAACAGAUUAUAUAGCAGAUUCACUUGUCUGGACAAAGGAAGUAAGGGAUAUUUAAGUAGAGAAGAUUUCCUAAGAAUUCCAGAAUUAGCAAUUAAUCCCUUGGGUGAACGUAUAAUUCAAUCAUUUUUCGCCGAGAAUACCGAAGGAGUUAAUUUUAAGAAUUUUAUGAAAGUUCUUGCCACAUUCCGACCAAUCUCUAGAGAAAAGACAACCGCUGCUGAUGAACUGAAUAAUAGACAGGCAAAAUUAAGAUUUGCGUUUAACAUGUACGACAUCGGUAAUGAUAACGAAAUAACACGUGAAGAACUUUUGGCGGUUCUCCAUAUGAUGGUCGGAACAAAUAUAUCUGAGGAACAAUUAGCCAGUAUAGUUGAUAGAACACUAGCUGAAGCGGACUUUGAUCAUGACGAUAAAAUAGGAUGGGAUGAUUUUGAAAAGGUUAUGCAAAAGGUAGAUGUUGAACAAAAGAUGAGUAUAAGAUUCCUUAACUGA